AUGAUCUACAAUUUCUUUCUAUUGUCAUUAGUUUUUUGUACUUCAGGAUUUUGUACAAAAUGGCCAGAGAAAUUGGAUGAGAAAGCAUGUCAAAAAUUCUUUCCUUUAACAGUGUCUUAUUGCGAUUAUGUACAUCAAGGUAACUCACUACGUGAUAUGCGUUCACGUGUUAUUAUUGUUCAGCUUAAGCUGUCCGCAUUUCAUUUGGAUGAACAUGCUGUCGAUAAAUUGAUUCGGCUAGCAGGAGAUAGGUAUAAUCCAAAAAAUGAUAUGCUAACGAUUGUAACUGACAGGUGUUUUACAAGGAAACAAAACUAUGAUUAUGCUAUGUAUCUUCUGAUUGCUUUAUAUAGUGAGUCUUCCAAAGUCGAAGAUUGGGAAGUAAAGAAAUUUGAGAAUAUCCGAUUGAUAUCACGAACCACUGAUUUCAAAGGUUCCAAAAUGGAAAAUGAUUUGCAAAAUUUGCUUAGUAAUAUGAAGGAUGAAAAGAGUAAUGAAACAAUUGCGAGACAAAAAGUCGACUCGAAACUAGAGGAAUUUAGUAAAUCUUGGGAAAAUUAUAGGAAUAAUAAAGAAACAUUCGAAACAGUGCGUAAUUAUGCAGAAUCAGUCAAAAAAUUACUUGGGAUUUCUCAAUUACCUGAUCAAAAGACCAUCAAUACAUCGACAUCAUAA